AUGACCCGGCACUCAGGCGUGAGAAAUUGCCUGGCGCCUGCUAUUUCUCCGGACAGUUGGCGUCGCGGAAAUCCAAACUUUGCCGCGAGAUGUUCGCAGGUUAAGACGAUCGCCAGAAACGGAAGUCACAAGAGAGAAGCUGUGUUCUACGAGAGCUGCUUUCCUUAUUUAGCCAAUUUUGGAGCCGAAAACAAAAAGGUUUUUCUUUUUUUCUUUUCAGCUCUGUAAAAAUUCUAAGAGUUGUUACCCGUUCCACAUUCGAUUAUUCAAAUCAACACUUUUUCUUGAAGCUAAUAUUUAUACAAAAGUUACACUUGAAGAAAACCUUUGAAUUUUGCUACACUCACUCAAAAUAAAAGGUUCAAAGAGUUCAAAGUAUGAAAAAUGUUGAUACAAUUGCAAAAAAAAUUUUUAUUUCUUUCAUCUAGCGAGACCAAUAAAUUGUAUUCACAAAAACCUUAGAAAAUUCAGAAAAAUUUGAAGUAGAAAAAAAAAGUCAAAUAUCACUUGGCGGUGUGAUAAAAUAAAUCAGCAAAAAAUAUUUUUUUAUAAUGUCAAGGCUCAAGUUUUUAUUUUCAAAAAAAUUAACCAGAGAAUGAGAACAAAUUUUGGAAGCUAUUGAAUAUAGUUGAAAAAUGAUCAACUCGAAGAAACAAAUAAUGGGCAAGAGAAAAAAAAGGCUCAAAAGAGCAACCGAAGCCGGGACGUCUGGCGGCCACGUGGUCCGAGCCUGUGUAAUGCGCCACUCGGCCCUCCUUUUUCAGCAAAUCCCCGACUAUUCCGAGAGUUAUGGGCUUUCGAAAAAUGUUGGAAGAAGCGUGUCCCAGUUCACCUCAAAAAAUCAAAUGUAGAAAAAGGUUUUUCUUUUUUUCGGACCUCGGCGACUGCAUUGGAAAAAGAGUAGAAGGAAUCGCAAAAAGAGACCUUCUCUUUUGCACUGGGAGCUCUCUGAAACUUGGCAAAAUUUUUGAUGAACUAGAUAAAAGUCUCAGUCAGCAUCCCAGAUCUUCAGAAAAGAUUCUUCAAGUCUUUCUUGAUAGCUGAAGCUUCAACCCUUUAUUUUAUGUUUUGAAGGCUUGAGAGGCUUUCAUGAUCAGCUGGAAAGUCUGAGAAAGCACCGUCAAAUUGCUUAUGCAAAGAAAAAGACACACGGAUCGCGUGUUUCUCCUAAUUAUGGCUGAGGAAUUCAUAUUUCGAGUUGUACUCUACUUGCAUUUCGAAAUCUCCAAUAAUUAGUCGAGCUUUAUGAGGUUUUUCUGUUGCAAGUCUAAUUAUCUGGUGAUCAAUCCCAGAUCUCGACAGAAAUUCGUUAAAGUAUCAAAUAACUUUCGUAUUAACUUUUUUUUUCUGCGCAAUCCGAAGUCUUAUAAAAAAAAAUCAAAAAUUUACAUUCAAGCCAGAAUCAGAGACGGAUAAAGUAUAAAAAUUCAAUUUUAGGAAGGAGUUCUGACUUUGUGA